UGAAAGAGGCGCACUUCCCGUCCAGAAACGCGCUAAAACGCUGUUCCGGUUUCCAGCGGCGGAAGGAGGAGGCCGCGGGGGGGCGGCAUUCGGCGGCGAAAACAUGGCCAACGUGAACGGCCGAGAGAACCACGGCGAGCCGGCGGUCAAGCGGCCGCGAGAGAAGGCCGCGCCGGAGCCCGCGAACAAAGUGACCGUCGUGCUCGGAGCUCAGUGGGGGGACGAAGGCAAAGGGAAAGUUGUGGACUUGCUGGCGAUGGAUGCGGACAUCGUGUGCAGGUGUCAGGGUGGCAACAAUGCAGGUCACACCGUGGUCGUGGACUCUGUGGAGUACGACUUUCACUUGCUGCCCAGUGGUGUCCUGAACAAGAAGGCCAUCUCCUUUAUCGGCAACGGGGUGGUCGUGCACCUCCCAGGGCUUUUUGGUGAGGCGGAAUCGAACUUGAAGAAAGGCAAAGGACUACAAGGCUGGGAAGAUCGACUCAAGAUUUCAGAUCGUGCUCAUAUUGUGUUCAACUUCCAUCAGGCCGUCGAUGGCAUCCAGGAGCAGCAGCGGCAGCAGCAAGAAGGCCAAAAUCUGGGAACGACCAAAAAGGGCAUAGGCCCCGCCUACUCCUCCAAAGCCGCUCGGAACGGCCUCCGAAUCUGCGACCUCGUCUCCGAUUUCAAAGUCUUUGAGGACAAGUUCCGCAUGUUAGCAGAGCAUUUCCUGGGAAUGUACCCCAAUCUCAAUGUGGACAUCGAAGGCGAACUGCAGCAGUUAAAGGUGUAUGCGGAGCGACUGCGCCCCCUGGUGACGGACGGCGUGUACUUCAUGCACAAAGCUCUGACUGGCACGAGCAAGAAAAUCCUGGUGGAGGGCGCAAACGCGGCCCUGCUGGAUAUCGACUUUGGCACGUAUCCAUUCGUGACGUCGUCAAACUGCACCGUCGGAGGAGUGUGCACCGGACUGGGCGUUCCCCCGUCGCACGUGGGCAGGGUGUACGGCGUCGUCAAAGCCUACACGACCCGGGUGGGCGUCGGUGCUUUCCCAACAGAACAAGAUAACGAGACUGGGGCGCUUCUACAAUCGCGAGGUCACGAGGUCGGCGUGACCACGGGCAGGAAGCGCCGCUGCGGCUGGCUGGACUUGAUACUGGUCCGAUACGCCCACAUGGUCAACGGCUUCUCGGCGAUUGCCCUGACCAAGCUGGACAUUUUGGACACGCUGGCGGAAAUCAAAGUGGGCGUGGCCUAUCGCGUGGACGGGGAACCGCUCCCCAGUUUCCCAGCCAACAUGGACGUCCUGACGCGGGUCACCGUGGAGUACGAGACCCUCCCCGGGUGGCGCCGCAGCACCGAGGCGGCCCGCGGCUUUGCCGAGCUGCCGUCGCAGGCGCAGAACUACAUUCGCUUUAUUGAGGACUUCCUGCGAGUGCCAGUCAAGUGGGUCGGCGUGGGAAAGUCCAGAGAGAGCGUGAUCAAACUGUUCUGAUGGCCCGUCACGGUCGUCGGGAUGGAAAAACUUUGUGGAUGCUUCCUGCCUCGCAUUUCCUGCAAAGCCUUCACAAGUCAGCUCGUCCAGUGCGGUAGAUGUUUUUUUUUUUUUUUUUUUUUUUUUUUCGGCUGUCGCCUUUUAAAGCUGCGUAUUUCUUGUACGCUGGUUUCUUUCCUCAGCCCUGAACACUUUUCAAUAUCGUUUUACAAGCGUGGCUGUGAAAUUGCAACUUGAACGCCAUUAUCAUACAAUAACUUUGCUUGUUUGUGACCGAUUGUUGGAAAGAAUAUUGUGCUUUUACGAGUCAUCCUUCCGAAUAGAAUCAUUUGAUUCAGAAAAUGUUCCAUGUCAAUACACUUUGGCCCAAAAUGACAAAUCUGCUGCAAAUGUCAAAUAUUCUAACGAUGUUUGCUGUCAUCGCAUUCCUGACGUCCAAAGCAAAGCAAAAAAAAAAAAAAAAAAAGUGUCUCCGUCUCUUGUCAAUAAAGUUGAAAUUCUCGUUCA